AUGGCGGAGGACGCACUGCGUGCAGCCCCUGUGAUGACGCCGGAGGAAGUGCAGGCUGAGGCUGAGCUGCGGAUGCGCGACGUAAGCCAGCGCUUUGGCGCUAUCCCGGAGGACCGUGAGGAGCUGCUCCGGUUACUCGAGGUGGUGUCCCCAACAAGGAUCGAUAAAUCAAAGGGCCAACAAGAGGAUGGUGGGGAGUCAUCAAAAAGGAAACGUUUGCAGGAAGCUCAAGAGACCCCUCUAUCAAAGAAAAACAAAAUGCUUGAUGAAAACCUUGUUGGCUCAAGAAUCAAAGUUUGGUGGCCAGAUGACAAAAUGUUCUAUGCGGGUGUCAUUGAAUCAUUCGAUUCUUUUUCAAAGAAGCACAAGGUUUCGUAUGAUGAUGGUGAUGUUGAGGUACUAGUGCUUAAGAAGGAAAGAUGGGAGUUCAUUUCUGAGUUAUAUCUAUCCUCCUCUGUUCCUUUUUCUGAUUCAUUUGCCAUCCUGCAGGAACAAGACACUUAUCCUGAUGCACCAUCUAAUAUGUAA